AACUUUUCUUGUGCCUGGCUGUUCUGGUGCUCAGUGCUCUGUAGUGCCAGCCAGACGGCAACAGUUCAAAGAGGAAGUAGCCUAGGUGUGAGGGGUCCAGAGUGAUUUUUGCCAGUUCUUUUACUCACUCUUGAUGAGUACAGUUCUUGGACAGUGGGAAGGGGUGUACCGAUGAUUCUCUCAGCAGUCCGGACUAUAAUUAUUACAAAUAUUUCUGUGUCCGAGAAAACGAUGUAUUUGUCUCUUCGCGGCCUCUACAAGACAAUACAAUUAUUUCAAUUCAACUCAAUAUUUUAUGUCCAUGUAUUUGGUACGAGGCUAUUAAAUAUUUUUUUAUUUGUGAUGGUUGAAAUCGCUUUCAAUUCGAUUACAAUUUCAAUACUUAUUUUGGUAUGGCAAGCAAGCCGUUUAUUUUUCUAGUAAGAUCUGGCAACACACCCACUGCAUGCUAACGUGGGGGUAAACUGGAACGUGCACAGUGCAUGAGUAUUUUGGUUAUAAAAUAUUACAUCUGUUUUGAAAAUGUACAGAAGACUGGCGGUAGAAAUAAUCUCGUCGUAAUAUUUUUUAUUGCACUGGUUUUUCUUUUCUUUCCUUUUUUUUACAGGACUUUUUACUUUCUCAGGACACAUACGAUAUUUAUUUUACUAGAUUACGAAGUGGCCAUCGAGCUCGCUGCGUAUCUCAUAGUAACCAGUGUUCUUGUUUACGGUGGCAGAAGAAUCGGUUGAUUUCCACUAUGCGGCAUUCCCCGGGGAAGGAAACUUCACUGCUGCUGCACGCUAGCUAAUGAUUCACCUCUAUCUUUCUCAAUGACACCGUCAUACGCAAACGGGACGAAAAUCUGCUCCUAAAACCACCUCUGGUCUUCAGGUGUUGCGUUAACUCACAAACACCGGCAUUAAAAGCUUUGGUAUUUUAAUUAGAUUCCAAGCUGUAUCUCGACAGAUGUCAGAGCGUCAUGGUGACAUGCAGUCUAAUGUUAAUGCCGCAUUGUGUCCUGCCAGGCGCUCUACCCUCAGUUCAAGCUCGAUAGUCAACGGGACGCUGUAACGCUUGCUCAGAAUGUAUCGAAAAGUUUUGUUCUCCUACUAAUGUGACAGCUUGCUGGAUUGUUUACGUGAAAUUUUCUGGAAAUGUCCAAGACACGCGAAGUGCUACUUGUUGGGGAAGGCAACUUCUCGUUCUCGGCAGCUUUGAGCGAGAACGCAGGCGAUGAUGUCGGCGUGACCGCUACUUGCUUUGAAAGCGAGAUUCAAACAUUCAGACAGGAGGGAUCCGUAUUGAACAUACAGCGACUCCGUGAGAGAGGAUCAGUUGUUCUGUUUGAGGUGGAUUGCACAUGCCUAAAGGAGCACGAAGCCAUUCAGCAUCAUCUUUUUGACUGUGUUAUUUUCAAUUUCCCUCACUGUGGGCGUAAAAGUGGCGUAAAGAAGAACCGCGUCCUGUUGGUGAAAUUUUUCCAAAGUGCCGUUGCAGUCCUAAAGGACAAUGGGGAAGUGCAUGUCACCUUGUGCAAUGGACAAGGCGGCACUCCAUGUGACAGUCCAAUGAGAGAAUGGCACAAUAGUUGGCAGGUGGUUGCCAUGGCAGCAGAAGCAGGGCUAAUUCUCAGUGAAAUCCGUCCAUUUGACUGUGAAAUGUAUCAAGGUUACAGAUGUACUGGUUACAGGAGUCAAGACAAAGGUUUUCAUGUAGAGGGAGCUCUGACCCACAUCUUCACUCGGAGUCUCCCGCACACCAUGCCAGAGAAACUGAAAAUGGAGAAAACCUUUGGGAAGGAGACAGUUUGUUUUGAGCUUCCGGCAGAGUUGAGUAAUUUUAUAAACAGGAAUUUCCUUGGUCAGCAGUCACAUCAUCCAGUGAAAACUGUCCAGGAGCAAUUACUUAGAGAGCUAAAGUCAGUCUGGCCAGUAUGCACUAUGAAUGAGGACUUCCCAGAACUAGUAAGCUGCCUACCAGAAACACCUGAGGCAUCUGACUCCACUCUGACCCACUCAGAGGUCUACUGGAUUAAACCUACUGAUACCUAUAUAUUUGACCAAAGCGAAAACGAGCAAAACAACUGUGAGUCUAUGGAUGACCAACAAAGCUUUACUGGCAACUAUGCACUACGACCGUCUCUGUUGCUGCAUGUCCAAGAGAUCACCCAGAACGAGGACUUCAGCCCUGGUACGCUUCAUGCGGUUAGUGGCCUGGUCUUUCAGAGAGUGGCCAUCUCUCCGAGCCGUUCUCCUGCGUUCCACCAGCUUCUAUUGGUGGGAAUGUUCUCUACAGAAUCCAAUCCUCUCCAGUGCUUCCAAGAUUGUUUGGAGUCGCUGCUCGCUUCGUACGGCGUCUCUUUUGAAGAGGGGCAAAUAGGCCUAGAGCAGCAAGUGUGGAUGAAUUCAAAGAUGCUUCCCAAGUUUGGGCGGAUCGCAUCUCUACCCUCUUUUUCUUCAGCCCUCGAUGAAGGUUUACAGUUAAUUGCCAUCUCAAUAAACUUGGAUCAUUUAGCCACCGUGAUUUUCGGCAUUUCUGACUGGUGCUUACUUUGGAGUGCCGAUCCUCGCUUUCUUAAGCAUUUCGAGCUCAAUCCACUUGGACCUUUCAGUCCUUUCUCCCUGUACCCACCAAGCUACUCGCAUGAUAUCAGUUUCUGGAUGGACCCAGAAAUCUAUGACGAACUGAAGUUCCAUUCACUUGUGCGAGAGGCUUCUUGCGGUUCUGUUAAAAAUGUGGCGUUAGUAGAUCGCUUCAGACACCCUCACAUGGGUCAUGCAAGCCUGUGCUAUAGGCUGACAUAUCAGUCGUCAGAUCGCGCCCUCUCACACAGCCAGGUCUUGGGACUACAGAAUCAGCUACGGAGACUGUUACCCCUGCGCCUGCAAGUCACGCUGAGGUGAAGAGGAUCAAAUGGAUGUAUAAUCUUAGAUUUUAAUUUUUAAAGUUGAAAUUUAGCUUCAUAAAUGGGAAGAGCAAGUCUUUAUUUUGACUGAUUUGUUUCUGUAGUUUUUCUUAUAAAUACACACAAGUGAGUGGUUAAAUUUAAAUUUUAGCAAAUACAAUGGGGUAUUAUUCUCAUUUAUUUAAAACUGACAUAUCAAACUAUUUGAAAUAAAGGGAUUCUUUUGUUGCUGUGUUUGAAAUCCUAUCAUUAUGCUAAUUAAAUUAUAAAUAUUGUGGGAGAUAUCCAAGAAAUGUUUACAAAAUUCAGUAGUACUGUUACUUUUACUUGUUUAAUAUUCUUUAAUUAUGCAUGUUUAGUGAUGUCUUUUAAUUAAGAAACUCUGAGACAUGAUUAUUCAUGCACAACUGCAGAUCAUUUAAUCUGAUGCAUUUUUUUUUUAAAGAAUACUUAAAUAUUUUUCUAGGUUCUUUGUAGGGCACAUGUAUGUUUACAAUAUCUCUGAAGCUGCAUUUGAUACUGUGAUAUUUCUGCAAUGUCUAUGUUUAUGAUCAGUUGUGACUGUAAAUUGUAUUAUUGCUUGUAAGUGUGUCAUUUCUAUUCUUCUGGCAGUAGCGUCAACUAAACUGGAUCUCUAAAAUAAAGGCUAUUGUCAGAUUAUUCAAACUAA